UACUAUGCAAGUGGUGCUGAUGGUUCAUUGUUUUUUCUUGAUGAAGCUAUUGGCCACAUAUCCCACUCGCAAAAGGACUGGGAGUCGGGGAGGUUAUUCUCAUUACAAGAACAAAUCAAUCAUAAGAUAAACUUCAUCGAGCAGGAACUUCGAGAUGUCAAAGUACCUAUAGUACUGGUUGGCCAUUCCAUUGGUUCAUACAUCUCUCUUGAAAUAUUUAAAUGGUCUCAAGAGAAGGUUGUAUAUUGCAUUGGUCUGUAUCCAUUUCUUGCUGUGGACACAGCAUCCUCAAUACAGUCUUCCAUUAGAAGAAUUUCAGCGUCUUCGUCACUUUGUGCUGUACUUAGUUCCAUGGGAGCCUUUCUGGGAAUGCUUCCAUCUCAAAUUACAAGAUUAAUCGUGAAAAAUUCUAUGGGAAAAUCAUGGUCUUCUUCUGCAAUUGAGGUUUUAUGUACCCAUGUUCUCCAGUAUCACACACUGCGGAAUAUACUCUUCAUGGCAAUGACCGAAUUUCAGAAGCUGCCAGAAAAACCGGAUUGGGAGUUUAUCAAUAAAAAGAAAAAACAAAUUGCUUUUCUGUACGGCCUCGACGAUCAUUGGGGUCCGUUGCAUUUAUACGAAGAGAUAAAAAAGCAGGUACCUGAUGUAGUGUUGGAGAUUGAAAACAAGGGUCAUACUCACGCUUUCUCGUGCAGUGAAGCUGGUUCGACAUGGGUUGCUCAACGUGUUUCGAGUUUGAUCAACAACCACUACUUAUUUAAUAACGCAAUAAGUGAAGGUUGAAAUUUCGAGCAAUAUAUAUGUGGAAAAUAAAUUGCGAUUAAUUUGUCUUGUUGACACAUACUUCGUGUAAUAUUUAUUCUCCGAUCA